CUCCAUCCUGGGAAACCCUUCUACCAUUAUAUACUAAUCAAGUCAAUAAACUUUGUAAAUAUGUCAUGUCAUCAUCCAAGCCGCUUAUCCUCACGAGGGUUGCGGGACUGCUCGAGCCUAUCCCAGCUAGCAUUGGGUGAAGGCGAACAUCGCCCUGAACUGGUCACCAGUCAGUCGCAGGGCAGUAAUCUCCACCAUCACUGAGCGGGAAUCCAUCCCACGCUGCCCGCACCAAAGUGGACGGCGUUGCUAGGCGUGUUGACAUCGAGAGUUCCCGCAGCACUUGGACGCAGCACGGAGUUGAGAGGAGAAAGCGCAGAGAAGCGGCAUCAAGCUGUCAGCCAGCCCGCAUCGUCGCCCGUCGCGACCGGACACAAAGGGAGGUGCUCGGGGACAUUUGACAGCUCCGUGCCCCAGAGGGGGUUGUUGUGAUGGAGACGCCGGGGAGGAUAGCAAUCACACCGGACGCACUGGACUUCACGGUGGAGAAUGUAGAAAAGGCCCUCCAUCAGCUGUAUUAUGAUCCCAACAUCGACAACAAGAAUUUGGCCCAGAAGUGGCUCAUGCAGGCCCAAGUGUCUCCUCAGGCCUGGCAGUUCUGCUGGGCUCUGCUUAGCCCAGAAAAGGUGCCUGAGAUCCAGUACUUUGGCGCAAGCGCUCUCCACACCAAGAUCUCCCGCUACUGGUCCGACAUCCCCAGCGACCAGUACGAAUCGCUGAAGAGCCAGCUGUUCUCGCAGAUCGCCUGCUUCUCCUCGGGCGCCAAAAUGGUGCUGACGCGGCUUUGCGUGGCGCUGGCAUCGCUGGCACUCAACACCAUGCCCGAGGCCUGGCCCGGCGCCGUGGCUGAGAUGGUGCGGGUGUUUCAGGAGGAAGGCGGAGGGAUCGACGGGCGGGCGCGCUGCCUGGCACUGCUAGAGCUGCUUACCGUUCUUCCCGAGGAGUUCCAGACCAGCCGCUUGCCGCAGUACAGAAAGGGACAGGUCCGAGGUGCACUGGGCCAGGAGUGGGGCUCUGUGUGCCCGCUGCUCCAACAGCUGCUGCGACGGACGGACAGCCCAGGGGCGGUAAAGGCCCGAGUGCUGCGGUGCCUGUCGUCCUGGGUGCUUUUGGAUGUGCCGCUCAGCGAGAGUGAGGGCCUGGUCUACGACUGCUUCGUCGCCUUGCCGGACCCCGAGCUCUUUGACACUGCUGUUGAGGCGCUGGUCAACGCCAUCUCACAGCCAGACUCCCAAAGGUACGUGAAUACAUUGCUGAAGCUGGUCCCUCCAGUGCUGGCUCUCCAGGAGCAGCUCAGAGAGGCCGUCCAGAACGGCGACAUGGAGACUUGCCACGGCAUCUGCCGCAUUGCUGUCACGUUGGGAGAGAACCACUCCAGGAUACUGCUGGAGCAGGUGGAUCACUGGCAGAGCUUCCUGGCUUUAGUCAACAUGAUCAUGUUUUGCACAGGCAUCCCAGGCCACUACCCGGUCAAUGAGACCACCAGCUCGCUCACGCUCACCUUCUGGUACACACUACAAGAUGAAAUCAUGUCAUUCGAGUCAAACAAGCAGGCAUUGUACCUGCAGGUCUACAGGCCGGUUUAUUUCCAGCUAGUGGACGUUCUGCUCCACAAAGCCCAGUUCCCCUCAGACCAAGAAUACGCGUCCUGGUCCUCAGAUGAGAAAGAGCAAUUCCGCAUCUACAGAGUGGACAUCUCUGACACACUCAUGUAUGUCUAUGAGAUGCUGGGUGCUGAGCUGCUGAGUAAUCUCUACGACAAACUGGGACGACUUUUGACGAAUACGGAGCAGCCCACGUCAUGGCAGCACACAGAGGCUUUGCUGUAUGGCUUCCAGUCCAUAGCAGAGACGAUAGACGUCAAUUACUCUGACGUCAUUCCGGGCCUCAUAGGCCUCAUCCCCAGAAUCAGCAUCAACAACGUUCAGCUGGCUGACACCGUGAUGUUUACUAUAGGUGCCCUGGCUGAGUGGUUGGCAGACCACCCAGUGAUGCUCAGCAGUGUCCUGCCCCUGGUGCUGCAGGCUUUGGGCAACCCAGAUCUUUCCAUCUCUUCCGUUUCUACACUAAAGAAGAUCUGCCGCGAGUGCAAAAGCGAUCUGCCGCCUUACGCCGCCAACAUAGUAGCCGUAUCUCAGGAGGUUCUCAUAAAGCAGAUCCACAAGACGAGUCAAUGCAUGUGGCUGAUGCAGGCGCUGGGUUUCCUUCUGUCUGCACUACCCGUGGAGGACAUUCUGAGGAACCUUCACUCCCUCAUCACGCCUUACAUCCAGCAAUUAGAGAAGCUGGCAGAGGAGACGCCCAAUCCGUCCAAUAAGUUAGCUAUCAUUCACAUCUUGGGGCUGCUUUCCAACUUGUUCACUACGUUGGACAUCAGCAAGCAGGACGACGAAUCGGCGGAACACUCAGCUGCGCCUGUGAAAACGACCCCUCCCCCACCCGGACCCAACCCGGUGGUGGUCGUCCUGCAGCAAGUGUUUGCGCUCAUACAGAAUGUACUCAGCAAGUGGCUGAAUGACUCACAGGUGGUCGAGGCAGUGUGUGCCAUAUUCGAAAAGUCAGUGAAAACGCUGCUGCACGACUUUGCCCCCAUGGUGUCGCAACUGAGUCAGAUGCUGGGACAGAUGUACAGCACCAUCCCCCAAGCCUCUGCCCUUGACCUAACACGACAGCUGGUCCACAUCUUCGCCAGCCAGACGGAGCAUUUUCCGCCCAUCAAAGCUCUCUUUGAGCUCGUUACUUCAGUAACGCUUUCCAUAUUUCAGCAAGGACCCAGGGAUCAUCCUGAUAUUGUUGAUUCAUUUAUGCAACUCCAAGCUCAGGCCCUCAAACGGAAGCCCGAUUUGUACUUGUCUGAAAGUCUCGACAUAAAAGCCGUGUACCAUUGUGGGCUUUUAUCACUCAAGUUUCCCGAGGCUCCGACCGUCAAGUCAACAUGUCUAUUUUUUACCGAACUGUUGCCCCGCUGUGCAGACAUGCCUCCCGUGUCCAGACUGCUGCAGGAGGAUGGCAAGCUGCUGAUCCAGGCCCUUCUGGAGGGUAUUGGUGGCGGGGCCUCUCGGAAUUUGAUGGACCAGUUUGCAGAAGUGCUGUUCAGCCUGAACAAACACUGCUUCUCUGUGCUCGCGAUGUGGCUGAGGGCGGUGCUGCAGCCCCCGGGCUUCCCGUCGUCGCGUGUCACAUCAUCCCAGAAAGACAACUUCUCUCAGCAGAUACUCAGAGAGCGAGUUAACAAGCGGCGGGUGAAAGAAAUCGUCAAGGAGUUCACGCUGGUGUGCCGAGGCCUGCAUGGCACCGAAUACGCUGCCGAGUACUGAGUACCGACACUGGGAAAAACCAAAACAAAACUCCCGACGGGCAACAGUCGACAAGGAACGCUUGAUGGUGGGACAAGAUGUGGAAGCCCAUUUAACGGACAAACACCCUUGUGGCUUUUAAAGAGGCUCUUUUUUUCGUCAUUCUUCGGCUUCCCAGCAUGCUGCCUCGUGUCCUCCCCUCCCGUCCUUUCACAGCAAGAUCCCUCAAAAUUGGCCACAAUUGCUGUUUGGGGAUUGGAGGUGGGGCGGAGGGGGUCUCGUUCGCCAAUCCCUCGAUCUUCCUGUGGUUUCCUGGUGAUUAUCCAUAUGAAACGAAAAUGGUAUUGUAACGUAGCUAGUAGACGUUCUUAUUCAGGAUGAAAUAUAUAAAUAUACACAUAUUAUAUAUAUAUAUAUAAAUAUAUAAAAAGAGAGGGAGUCGUGCUGCUACCGGUGAGAAAGUUCUGUAAAUGUCAUAGGGUGGAGUUGGGCGGAUUGUGGACAUUAUCCCACCCUGUGACAUCUGCUUUUGCCAAAUGAUCAAUAUGUGUGAGUAUGUUAAACACGCCUUCCUGAACUGAGAAGGGAACUCUGGGAAAAGUGAGGUGGGUCCAGUGGUGGGGAACCUGGGGUCUAGGGCCUUAUAAGGACCACGAGAGGCCACCUUAGUAAUUCUAGGAAAACCUUAAUCAUGAUGAAUCAUUGUUCGUUGUUUCUUCAUUUAGUACAACAGGGUUUCCUGAAUAUUUGGACAAAGGCGGGGUGGGGGAGGACAAAACCUUCACAAUAUCAUGGAGGAUGGAAAAGUGUGGUUAUCAUGUUUCUCACACAAUUCAGACGUUCACCUCCCAAAUAUGGGCUCCACCCUUCCCGUGUGGCAUUUGUCUACUAACCUCCUCCCAUAAUCUAAAAACAUGCAUGUUAGGUUCAUUGAAGACUCUAAUUUGUCCAUAGUUGUGAAUGUGGUGUUGUCUGUGUGGGAAGGAGGCCGUCUGACAGAACCUGCCCUUCUGCGUUUAACCUUCCUUUCACCACCACCACCAACAACAAACCUCCAACCACAUUUGUUGUCCGUGUGUUAAGUGUCUUGCCUGGGAACACAACGACGACAUUCUCCGGCGCGGACACAAACCGGCUACCCACCGUUGGCAGUGAAUGCUUUCAUCCUCUUUGCCACAUAACCCAAAGUUGGGUAGUUGCAGACUUCAAAUUGUCCAUAUGUGAGGAUGCUUAUCUACAGUUGUGUGGACUUGACUUCUCUCAUCAAACGUCAACUCCAGUUUCUAUCGGUGUGAAUGCUUGUUCCUUCUCACACCCAAAAUCAAAACUUUUCUAUUAAUGCCUGGCCACUGACUGAUGGCAAGUCCAGGGUGGUAUCCACUUCUCUUUGCAAAAGUCAACUGGAAUAAUCUCCAGCUAACAGUAACACUCAUGAAGAUGAGUGAUAUAGAAAAUUAAUGGAUGGGCAUUUUUUUUUAGCAUUUUAUUCAAUUGCAAUAUUAGCUCUAUUUCCCACUUUUAUGUUGAAAUGGAAUGACACCACAUUCAAGCUGUUAUUUGCCCUUUGUCCAGACACCCAGUACAGUGAUUUCCCCACCUUGGAACUAGUCAUAAAAAUGAGCAGAAUUGUGCAUAUUAUGACUGUUUUUUUGCAGCAUAUUUUGAGUGUGUGUAUUGAUACGUGCAUCUUUAGCCACUCAUCCAGCACCUACCUAAUGGACCUACAAGUACAUGCGCAUAACCUCCUCAUUUUUCACCCCCCCUCCCCCCAAAAGACACUUCUUGAAGCCUCACGUCGUCUUACCAGACAGUGGACUAAAAUCAGGAGCGGUCGCCUCAGAAAAGGACCAAACGGGAUUAGAGGGCGAGAACACCGAUGAAGCAGACCAUCAUCAGCAUUUAAAUGUAUACUCCCAUCAAAAAUCUAAUCCUGCUGUUUUAUCCGAGGUGCCUGCAGACAUGUAGCACGUGUUGGUGUUUAGUAAAGGGGGGUGGGGAGGUUCACGGGACAAUUGAAUUCUGGGCUUGGGGCUUCUAAGGAGUCUGGAUUUGAACAACGUGACUGGAUGCUUGUACAUGUACGGGGAAAGAAGUUUAAAGAAGGAAUUGGUAGAGAAUUGUGGUGGGGGAGGUUUGAAAUGUACAUUGUUUUUUGUACUUUGGCUUUAAUUUAUUAAAUAUAU